AUGCCGCAAGCGGUAGCGACAGAUCUCAUCAACACUAUGCGCUUGAUCCUCACACUGGGUGGUCAGAAACAACGUCUGCUUGGUAUGCGGAAGCAGAAAAUCAAUGACCUGCUCCAGAAUCUAGGCGACAAUGAAGCAAUCAGGGUGUAUAACGAGUUUGCGACUGCACAUGACCAGGUGGAAGAGCGGUCGACAUUCAAACUACCUUUGAUCGAGGAGCUGGAAGGCGGAAACGAUGAGGUUAAAGAGAGUGAGAAUGAGUCAGAUUAUCACAGUGCGCAGGAAGAGCUUGGGGGAGAGGAAACCGCUGCAGACGGCGCAAUGCAGGAAGAAGUCGGACUCGAGGUUGUCCAAGAUCCACAUCUCGAGAUGGAAGAUCUUCUCUCAGCAACACAACAAGUUUUUGCAAUACCCGAUGUUGACACUCGGAUCGUACCACCACCCUCGCCGCCUGAAGCGCAUGCGUCACCAGUCAUGCCUGUGGGUGUUCCAUGCGACAAGCACAUAGAUGGCCUUUGCAUGGUGGUAUCGAUCCUGAACCCCGAAGCUUUUCCUUUGACGAAAAUACAAGAGGUUCAGGCCGAGUACUACCCUUCCACCAGCAUUCUUGACAUGCAAAUACAUCACGACCGCAACGAACGUAUCAUCCAAGUCACGGCGACUUUGGAUAAGGGCCCGGUCGACCAGCUCAUCAUUCACGAUCCACGCAUCAUUACUCUCCUGGGUCUCCGUCAACCACCAUACGCUAUGAUCUGUCUUCAGCCCAAUCCUCGCAUCGAUGAGACAUAUCAGAUCCACAUCCAGCCAGGUCAAAGGCUGCGGAAUGCAAAGGCUUGGAGCUUUGGCGAGCUGGUGUCCGCGCGGCAUGCAUAUCUAUACUGGCUAGAUAGCAGGCGGACUUCAGAUUCGAGGGCACCUCCUACUGUGGCAGAAGCUAGGCACUUGACGCCUAGAAUAGGUCGAAGGGCCGGAGACGUCUGGAGAGAGAUUGAAAAGGUUUGGGAUCUCGAGCAGGGUAGUGGUGGCAGGCAUUUCCGACAGAACAGAAUGGAGUACUUAGGGGAGGAUCCGGAGUAUGGGGGAGGUGAAGAGAGGAGGUCGCAGAAGGGUAUGUGGGUGUGA